CUUGUUCUCAGGUCCCAAAGAACCUAUGGCGUCUUAUGAUGGCCUUGUGUCUACUGUCCUAUGGGCAAUCUUCGUCAUUCAAGUAAUCGAAUUCAGUCAUUCCAACGCUUCAACCAACGUUUCAACCAAUGUAAGCUGUAUUGGUGCAGAGAGGGAAGCUCUUCUAAAGUUCAAGCAUGCUCUCACUGAUCCUUCAAGACGCCUGUCGUCAUGGACUGGAGAAGAAUGUUGCAAAUGGGAAGGAGUUGAAUGCAACAAGAAAACUGGCCAUGUCCUGAAGCUCGAUCUUCAUAAUCCGUGUAUAGAAGAGAUCUAUACUAACAUCUUCGCACCUUCAGAUAAGUGCAUGCUUGGAGGUAACAUAGUUCCUUCUUUAACUGAAUUGAAGUAUCUGAAAUAUCUGGACCUCAGUGUGAACAACUUUUCAACCCAAAAAAUCCCAACAUUCUUUGCUUCUCUUCAUAAAUUGGAGUAUCUAAACCUUUCACAUGCAAGCUUCAACGGAGAUAUUCCUAAGCAGCUCAGUAACCUUUCCAAAUUACAAUACUUGGAUCUCAGUAGUAACUUAGAUAUGGGUUAUUUAACCUCAAACGACUUUGACUGGGUGUCGAAAUUAUCUUCUUUGAAAUAUUUACACAUGUCCAGUGUUAACCUUUCUGAGGUCAAAGAUUGGUUUGGUUGCAUUAACAUGCUACCAUCUUUGCAAUCUUUAGGAUUGAGCUGUUGUGGAUUGCAAGAUAUAUCUAGCUCUUUGCAAGCCAAUUUCACAUCUCUUAGAUUUCUUAGCAUUGGGACCAAUAAUCUAAGUUCUAUUCCCCCAUGGAUCUAUAACUUUAGCAAGCUAGAACAUAUUGAUUUGUCCAACCAGUAUAAGAAAUUGCAAUUUUUCUAUGGCAUCCAAGGCCCUUUUCCCACAGCAAUCAUCGAGAAUAAUCAAAGGCUUGUCUUCUUGGACGUGUCUUGGAAUUUGCUACGAGGUGAUUUUCCCAAAAAUUUGAGCAGUCUUUGCAAAUUGCAAUCGGUACAAUUAAAUGCUAACUUCUUAAAUGGGAAUAUCUCCGACAUUUUAGGUGAUUCACUUGGUUGCGUACAAAGUAAGUGGAAGAUCUUUGAUGUUUUUGGGAAUAAUAUUAGCGGCGACAUGCCAAAUCAAUUCGGAGAUUUCAAAGAAUUAGAGUACCUUGAUCUUUCAUAUAACCUGAUUUUUGGUUCUAUUCCUGCUAAUUUGGUGGAGCUAGCAUCUCUAAGAACUUUUGAUCUUGGAAAUAACAAAGUGAGUGGGACCAUUCCAGAAAGUGUUGGGCAACUAUCGAACCUAAAGCAGCUUUUACUAGGCUCGAAUUUUUUGUAUGGAGUUGUAAGCGAAAUUCACUUUGAAAAUCUCAAAAGCUUGACCUGGUUAGACAUUUCUUCCAAUCAGCUCAUAUUAAAUAUGAGCUCUACCUGGGUUCCACCAUUCCAAGUUCGCAUGAUAGAUUUGUCAGAUUGCAAAGUGGGACCUAAAUUUCCAAAAUGGCUUCAAACACAGGGGAACGUUACCGAGUUGAGGAUGUCAAAUGCGAGCAUCUCAGAUGACAUUCCUGAUUGGCUCUGUGACAUUUUCUCUAACAUUGAAGUUUUAGAUAUCUCAAGCAACAUGCUUAGAGGCCAAGUUCCUCAAGAUAUCGGAGAUAAGAUGCCACAGAUAUUAGAACUGACACUUAAGGGUAAUAAUCUUACCGGUGGCAUUCCAAAUUCUUUGUGUAAGUUAAAUUGGCUGGAUGAAAUUAGUCUCUCAAAGAAUCAACUGUCUGGGAAACUUCCUCGAUGUUUGGGAGCAUUUCGAGCGAUGACAAAUUUGUUUUUUGGGGAUAACAAGUUAAAUGGCCAGAUUCCAAAAUCCUUGUGCCAUCUUCGGCCAUUGUACGUUCUUAGCCUACACAGGAAUGGCUUUACUGGAGAAAUCCCAAACUGUUUGUCAAAUAUGCCGACAAUGAUUGUCCUUGAUCUCAGCAACAAUGAAUUCACAGGUAGGUUACCGCCAUUUGGGCCACAAUCUCCAUAUUUGUUAGUGAUCAAUUUAGAGAAAAAUCGCUUUGUUGGGGGCAUUCCUCCCCAAUAUUGCCAACUUGAAUAUCUCCAGUUCUUGAGCCUAGCACAAAAUUAUAUUUCUGGACCCAUUCCCAAUUGUUUUGACGGGAUCUUGUCUAUGAUUAAUGCGGAUAGUCCCGUGAUUAAUUUUUAUAUGGAUGGUGUCGAUGUUGUGGUUAACACAAAGGGAACUAGCCAAAUCUACGGAACUACGCUUGAAUACUUCCACUCAAUCGAUCUUUCAGCAAACAUGUUGGAUGGGCAAAUACCAGAAGAGUUCACUAAGCUCACCAAACUUGAAAAUCUGAACCUCUCUCAGAAUAAUUUGAGUGGAUAUAUCCCCUCAAAUAUUGGUGAUCUGAAAAACUUAGAAUCUCUCGAUCUUUCCAGAAAUAAAUUGUCGGGUACCAUCCCUCCGGGCAUAUCCAGCAUGGACUUCCUUAGUCAUCUAAAUCUGUCCUUCAAUAGACUCUCUGGCUCUAUUCCCUCUGGCAACCAUCUGCGCACCCUAGACGAUGAAUCUGUUUAUUGCGGCAAUGACAGGCUCUGUGGAGCUCCUCUUCUGAAUACUUGUCCUGGAGACGAGCCACCCGGUAGUGAUGGGCGCGGCGGUGAUAAUUCCGGUGGAGAUAAGUUGAGCGAAGGUGAUUUGGAUAUCCGCAAUUGGUUCUAUGCGGGAUUGGGACCUGGCUUUACGGUGGGAUUUCUAGGAUUCUGUAGCGUCCUGCACUUCAAGGGAUCUUGGAGGGUCUCUUACUUCCAAGCGAUGGAUAAGGCCAUUGAGAAAUUUUCAACGACAACAAUGAUCACCAUGCCUUGGUUCAAGAGAACAUUCCCACGACGUGAAAAGGAGCUUGUUUAGCAGAAGGGUUAGAGAGUUGGAGAAACUUGCCCCAGUUUGAAGAACUGCUUCGGGUUAUCAGAUGGACAGAAGAAAAUACGUUCACAUCAACAAAUAGAACAUGUUUUAAGCCUUCGACUUUUCUUUUUCCUCUCUUGUCAAUUUCUAGAGUGUGGCAAAAUAAAUAUGUUUAGUUGUGUGGACCAGUCAAGGUGGAAGGAACUACUGUUGAAGAUACACUCCUAUUUUUUUUUAUCAACCCCAUUAGAAAUCUGCAU